GUUGCGUGAAAGCAAUAGCUUCAGGGCUUUACUCUUUUUUUCUUUUUUCCCUUGGCUGAAAUAUCAGAAAGGGACAGUGAAAAGCACACGAGAGUUAGUCUCGUCUUGGCGUUGGCGACGUGAGAAGCUCACGAAAGGGGAAAAAAAAUGAGUAAAAGUAAAAUGAAAAUGAAUCCGUCGCUGGGUGUGAUAUUGCAUCGGAUCUGGGCGGUAGCAUUGCGGUCCAUCCCGACGAGAUUCUCAUCCAUUUUCAACUUUGUCGGUUGCCUGGCAAUGUGUUACCUACUCGCCACGGCCAUCGGCUUUGUUUCGAGAAGCAACGACGACAACAGCGUCAUUCAAACCAAUGACAUUUUGCAGGAGGAUAUCCAGGUGCAGGAGGAAAUGGUGGCUGCAAAGAAAGAACCGGAAUCGCCACCGAAAACGAUUUUAUACUGGACGCCGUACUACAACCGGACAGAUUUCACAGUCGGAUUGGGACAGGAUCCGUUCAUCAAAUUCGGAUGUAAAGUGACCAAUUGCAUUGCAACUGCCGAUCGGAAACUUUUAAAUCAAAGCGACGCCGUCAUCUUUCACGCGCUGCAGGUGAACAGUCGAGACCUUCCGGCUCAUCGGCAUCCGCACCAGCGCUUCAUUUUCUUCCUGUACGAGACGAUUCCCAACACGUCCGUCCCUUGCGUCGGGAAAUGUUUGCCCUCGAGCCAAUACACUCCGCACUAUUUCAAUUGGACGAUGACACACCGGAGGGACUCGGAUGUUUACGUGGCCGAACCUUACGGCGCCAUUGCCCCCAAAUAUUGGACCCUUCCAGCCCAGUUGCCGGAUGAAUUACCGCCCGACACUCUUCCGGCCAAUCCGGCCGUCCUGCUCAACCGGAAGUAUCCGCAUUUGGCCAACCGGACCAAGAUGGUGGCCUGGUUCGCCUCCCACUGCCCUACGCACAGCCAACGCGAAGAUUACGUCAAGGAAUUGGCCAAUUUCGUCCAGGUGGACAUUUAUGGCAAAUGCGGAACGAUGGAAUGUCUUCCGCGCAACAGCCACCGCUGCGAGAGUUUGCUGGACGAUUACAAAUUCUAUUUGGCGGCCGAGAAUUCGCUGUGUCCGGAUUACAUCAGCGAGAAAUUCUACCGGGCCCUGACCAACGACAUUGUGCCCAUCGUCUACGGCGGUGCGGAUUACGCGGACUACGCCCCUCCGCACUCGUUCAUCAACAUGGCCGAUUUCGCCUCGCCCAAAGACUUGGCGGCCUAUUUGAAUCUGCUGGCCAGCAACGAGGCCCUGUACAUGGAAUAUUUCCAGUGGAAGAAACACUACGCCGUCGUCCGCUCGCCCAAAAAGGGAUGGUGCGACCUGUGCGCCAAACUCAACGAUCCAAAUUCCCAAUCGCAAAGCAAAAGUUACGAGGACGUGGCCGAAUGGUGGGUCCGAAAAUUGCCCUGCUAUCCAGGCUCCUCUUUCCUUUCGAACCACAUGUGAUGACACACAAAUCUAGAGCCUUAUUAGUUCUUUCCAUCAAAAUUUAAAUGUACCUAUUGAUUUUUAAAAUGUUUGAAUUGAAAUUGAUGCGAGGUAGAAAUAAGAGACGUAUACCGUU